AUGAAGGCCACCGGGCCGUUGCUCGCCAAGGGCUUCCUGGCGCGCAGUGUUGACGAGCUUAAGCGCCGCUCGAGCAUAGCAUGGAAACUCGAGGCAGUCAAAGGCCCGUCGGGGCCUCGGCCGCUCUACGACUUCCACACUCGGGCCGCAGUCAACGACUGUAUAAUCAUGUCCGACAACCUCAUCGGCGGAUCGUCCGAAAGCAACCUUGACUUUGUCGAUCGACGCGAUACGAAUACAGAUACUUCCUCAAGCGUCCAAACGUCGUCCCCGGCCGGCUACGCGCGAUUCCACGGCCGAAUCUCCACGUCUCUCCCGCAAGGCCGGCCCAACAUCCAGCGCAGCGGCUACGCGGCGUUUCGCACUCCCGACCAACCCCCGACGAUUUUUGGCAAGGCCGUAUGGGACAUUGACCCCUACACCUACCUUGCCAUGAGGAUCAAGUCCGACGGGAGGGCAUACUUUAUAAACCUGCAGACGGAGGCGGUUGAGCCGACCGACCUGCAUCAACAUCGGCUGUUCGCGAAACGGCCCGGCCAUUGGGAGACUGUCAUGGUCAAAUGGAAUGAUUUCGUGCGGACGAACCACGGGUUCGUUGUAGAACCACAGACGGAGCUCCUGAGGCAAAAGGUCAGGAGCGUUGGCAUCGGCCUGACGGACCGAAUCGAGGGUCCAUUCGAGCUCUGCAUAGCCCAAGUCUGGGCCACAAACCAUGUCACGGAGGGCGCAACUGUUGUCACAUCCGAGGAGAGUGGGUUGAAGAAUCGCAAAGGGGAAAAGAUUCACUGGUAA